AGACAGCCCCAAAGGGGGAGUAUACGUAGCAGAGCGCUAUAAAUACUGGCGCUGCUCUGUGCUCACGACGCCGCGUCGCCAGGAGGAGCGCACGGGUACCACUGACCGAGGCGUGCUAGGAUUCCAGAACUGCAGAAGGAAGCAAGAUGAAGACUCUACUUCUGUUGGUGGGGCUGCUGGUGACCUGGGAGAGUGGGCAGGUGCUGGGCGAACAGGAAGUCUCAGAGAGAGAGCUCCAGGAAAUGUCUACCGAGGGGACUAAAUACGUUAAUAAGGAAGUUAAAAAUUCCCUCAAGGAGCUGAAACAGAUAAAGACCCUAAUGGAACACAAAAAUGAUGAGCGCAAAUCACUGCUCGGCAACUUAGAGGAAGCCAGGAAGAAGAAAGAGGAGGCCCUAACUGAUACCAAGGAUGCUGAAAUGAAACUGAAGGCGUCCCAGGAGGUGUGCAAUGAGACCAUGAUGGCCCUCUGGGAGGAGUGUAAGCCCUGCCUGAAACAGACCUGCAUGAAGUUCUACGCGCGCGUCUGCAGAAGCGGCUCAGGGCUGGUCGGCCGCCAGCUUGAGGAGUUCCUGAACCAGAGCUCUCCCUUCUACUUAUGGAUUAACGGGGACCGCAUCGACUCUCUGCUGGAAAAUGACCGGCAGCAGAACCACGUACUGGACGCCAUGGAGGACAGAUUCAACCGGGUGUCCAGUAUUAUGGACGACCUUUUCCAGGAUAGUUUCUUCAGCCGGGAGCCCCUGGACACCUUCCACUUCUCACCCUUCGGCUCGUCCCCAAGGAGGCCUUCCUUCUUCCAUUCCAAGUCUCGCUUGGCCCGGAACAUAAUGCCUUUCCCCAUGUUCGGACCCCCAAACUUCCCUGACAUGUUCCAGUCCUUCUUUGACAUGAUACACCAGGCUCAACAGGCCAUGGAUGUCCAAUUCCAUAGGCCAUCCUUCCACUUCCCUGAAUUAUCAGCAGAAAAUAAUGACAGCCGCUCUGUGUGCAAGGAGAUCCGCCACAACUCCACGGGAUGCCUGAAGAUGAAGGACCAGUGUGCCAAGUGCCAGGAGAUCCUGUCAGUGGACUGUUCGGCCACCAACCCUGCUCAGAACCAGCUGCGGCAGGAACUGAACAGUUCCCUCCAGCUUGCGGAGAAGUUCACCGAGCUGUACGACGAGCUGCUGCAGUCCUACCAGCAAAACAUGUUCAACACCUCCGCUCUGCUGAAGCAGCUGGACGAGCAGUUCAGCUGGGUGUCCCAGCUGGCUAAUCUCACUCAGAACGAAGACCAGUACUCUCUCCAUGUCACCACGGUGGCUUCCCACAGCUCUGACUCCAGCGUUCCCAAUGGCUUCACGAAGGUGGUUCUGAAGCUCUUUGAUUCUGACCCUAUCACUGUGACGGUCCCAGCAGACGUCUCCAGGAACAACCCUAAAUUUAUGGAGACGGUGGCAGAGAAAGCUCUGCAGGAAUACCGCCAACACCUCCGGGAGGAGUGAGAUGUGAAUGUUGCUUUUCCAAGUAUGAGGGCAUCUGAGUCCAGUUGCCCCUGAGAUGAGCCACAGACCCCCUAGAGAGAGCUCUGCAUGUCACCAGGUGACCAGGCCC